AGUUCUCUCCUUGUUUGUUUACAACUCGAGAACUUCCUGUUAGSUUUACUUCAGCUUUGUGCGUAUUUGCUAACAGCUUCAGUUUAGCUAAACGUCAGUUUUCAAGAUGGGAUGUGAUGGUGGGACGAUUCCAAAAAGACAUGAGUUGGUGAAAGGACCAAAAAAAGUUGAAAAGGUUGAUAAGAAUGCUGAACUCGCUGCCAAGUGGAAGUACUGCGCCUUGAGCCAAGAAAAACUCAGGCGACCCAUCGUUUCAUGUGAGCUGGGCAGACUUUAUAACAAAGAUGCUAUCAUUGAAUACCUCCUGGAUAAAUCUGCUGAAAGACCAAACGUUGAGGCUGUUACGCACAUCCGUGGGAUUAAGGAUAUAAAGGAGCUCAACUUGACUGAUAACCCCGAAUGGGAGGGAGAGAGGAGAACUGCAAAAGGAGACAGAUAUGAGGACAUCCACUGUGGCAUGUUCAUCUGUCCUGUUGUUGGCYUAGAGAUGAAUGGAAAGCACAGGUUCUGCUACUUGCAGACCUGUGGUUGUGUGUUUUCAGACAGGGCCCUUAAGGAGAUAAAGACUGAGAUCUGCCAUAAGUGUGGGGAUCCUUUUAAAGAUGAAGACAUAGUUGUGCUUAAUGGCACAAAAGAGGAGGUCCAGAAGCUGAAGGAGAAGAUGGAGGAGAAACGAGUCAAAACGAAAACCAAGAAAUCAAAGAAAAGCAAGGCMGUUGAAACCAUCUCUACACCACCAGAAUCCAAAGAGGAUACCCAGUCUCCCCCAGUAGAUGUAGCUGGGAGGAAAUCACAACAAAAUGGAGACGAGAGCAGCCAAUCAGGUGGAUAA